GGGGAGAAAGAAGUUGCAAUGGCGGGCGAAUGAACGUGAGUGAAAGCAUCUGAAAUGUUUACAAGUCAAGCUCGUAUCGACAGCAAAACUGGCCCGGAUAAUCUCGGACGAUUUGAAUAUUUACAGGCUUUGGUAACGGAAUUUCAAGAUACAGACAAACAAGGUUCUAAGGAAGAAAUCUUGGCCAACUUAGCCAAUUUUGGGUAUGAUCCUAUCAACUAUGGUCACUUCAGAAAGCUUAAUGUGUUAGACCUUUUUAUGGAUAUGCUUACAGAAGAAAAUGUAAAGUUUGUUGAGUUUGGGAUUGGAGGAUUAUGUAACUGCAGUCUGGAUAAGGAAAACAAACAACACAUCAUUGAGAAUGGUGGAAUACCUUUAGUUAUUAAUUGUCUGUCCAGUUCCAAUGAGGAGACCGUUUUGUCAGCCAUAACAACUCUAAUGUUCCUCACUACACCACAGUCACAGGAAGAAAUCACAUCAGAACCUGUUGUGGACUGCAUGGAGAGAUUUUCAACAUCCUCAAAUGCUAGACUAAGUAAUGUGGCUAAAGUAUUCCUACAGGAUUAUUGUAAAAGGUCAAAACAUGAUGUUACGAACACAAAUUGAAGCAGAGAUGAAGAGCAUCUGCUUGAAGCUGCUCUUUCUACAUCAAGAUGUUACAGGCCUGUCUACAUCUACAGGACAUUUCUUUUCAUGGGAGAGGUUAUGAUCUCAUACACACACAGUUGCUACUGUGCUGUAGCAACUGUUUAGUAGUACUCCACUAUAUCCUGGUUCUUUACAGAUAAUAUUUAAGCAAAGGCAAGCCUGUAAGUGGUUCCCACUUACAGAGUAACAGGAGAUCAUUUACAAGAGGAAUGUCUUGGGAAGAUUACUCCUAAAAAGGACCUCCUUCCGUUAUAUUGAAUGAAGCUUAAACAACCAGAAACCAGGGUAGAAGUGUUCCAACUACAGUUCCAGGAAUGCGGGGGUUUGCUUCAAAUUCAAAACACAGAUUUAAAGUGCAACAAUUGGCUGCAAAUUUGUAAUUCCCAGAGGUGAUUAAUGUAUAAAACUUCACACAAUUUUAUUAGUACAAUUAUUUAUUCACAGGUGAUCAGAGUAAACAGAAUUUUUUGCAGUAGGGUGCUAUUUUGAUAUUACUUCAAAUCUUUUUACUCAUUUACAGGUAAUCUGCAGCAAUUUGUAGUGAGAAUUGCUCAUUAGAUUUUAUGAGGUUACAUGUAUGAGACAAUGACUUAAUGUGCACUUUUUUCUGGUUGCACUGUUGUGGCAAAUCACUUAGAGCUAUGCUUUAAAAUGUUGUGAAAAUUUUAUUAAAAUCCUGCAUUGGUUUACAUCUUUGCUGGCUUUCUGAAUUUUACUUGAUCAUAAACAAGUCAUCAUUGUUUGUAAAAUAAAUAAAAUUUUACAGUUAA